AAAGAGGAGAGAGGGCUGUAUCAGGACAAGGUGUUCUGCUUCGUCCAUCUGAGCGUUCAGGAGUUUCUGGCUGCUCUUCAUGUCCAUCUGACCUUCAUCAACUCUGGUGUCAAUCUGCUGUCAGAAGAACAAACAACCUCCCGGCUGUCUAAAGUCUUCAGAGAAAAACUUAAACUAACACAUCUCUACCAGAGUGCUGUGGACGAGGCCUUACAGAGUCCAAAUGGACACCUGGACUUGUUCCUCCGCUUCCUCCUGGGUCUUUCACUGCAGACCAAUCAGACUCUCCUACGAGGUCUGCUGACACAGACAGGAAGUAGCUCACAGACCAAUCAGGAAACAGUUGAGUACAUCAAGAAGAAGAUCAGUGAGAAUCUGUCUCCAGAGAGAAGCAUCAAUCUGUUCCACUGUCUGAAUGAACUGAAUGAUCGUUCUCUAGUGGAGGAGAUCCAACAGUCCCUGAGUUCAGGAAGUCUCUCCACAGAUAAACUCUCUCCUGCUCAGUGGUCAGCUCUGGGCUUCAUCUUACUGUCAUCAGAAAAUGAUCUGGAUGUGUUUGACCUGAAGAAAUACUCUGCUUCAGAGGAGGCUCUUCUGAGGCUGCUGCCAGUGGUCAAAGCCUCCAACAAAGCUCUGUUGAGUGGCUGUAACCUCUCAGAGAGAAGCUGUGAAGCUCUGUCCUCAGUUCUC